GCCAUUGAGGAGAACAACCCGUUCCCCGAGGACGCGGACGACGACGGGCCGCCCAGCCCCUCCGAGAAGUCCGACGCGGAGGUCGAGGACGAGGACGAUGACGACGACGAGGAGGAACUCAUGAGGGAGUUGGCCAAGAUCAAGAAGGAGAGAGAGGCUGAGGAGGCGAAGGCCAAAGCAGAGAAGGAAAAGCAGGACAACAGAGCAAAGCGAGAGGACAUCAUGAAGGGCAACCCACUGUUACAGAAUGCUGACUUAUCGCUGAAGAGGAAAUGGGACGACGACACCGCAUUCAAGAACCAGUCGCGCACAGUCCCGAAGACAAAGCAGCGAUUCAUAAACGACAUGGUUCGCAGUGACUUCCACAGGAAGUUUCUGAAUAAGUAUGUCCAGCUGGACACCGUGUAUCACUGA